GCCUUUGCUGACAUGGAGCAAUUCCAGUACCUCUCCAAAAAUUCAAUGAAUGAUUAAGUAACAGCCGUGAGACCAGGUGAGAAACCAGGAGCGGAAGGGUUAUUCCUCCCGUCCUCCCCUCAUCAUCCCCUCCGCCCCAAUGGUUCCAACCCGCUUAGAUGGAUAUAUAAGAGAUGGUGGCUUCAAGUCUUAGCAUCACCUACGCUCUCAACCUGAACAAAAGAGAAGAUGAUCCGUUCACUGCUGAAGAUCACCGUUUUGGUGUUUUGCGUUCAUGCGGGAGAAGGACGCUGGCUUGGAACGCUACUAGAAAACAGGGGUACGACUGCUUCCCCCAAGACAGACUUCAACGAUGAAGAGAGGAGAGGUGGUGACAAUGAGGAAAAGCAAGACUCCGAGAGGCAGCUGGAAAGGUCGCCCCGCAGCGCCGAAUCCCCAUGCGCUCUCCAUUCCAUCCUGCUCCAGGUGCGAGACCUCCGGCUGGGGUACGACUCGGACGAGAUGGUGCUGUUUAAGUACUGCAGCGGGACUUGCCCUCGCCUCCCCACCAAUCACGACCUGACGGUCACCAACCUCUUGCAGAGCGGCAUCUUACAAUACACCGGCCAAUGGCAUCACCAACCCUGCUGUCGACCCACGCAUCAUGAAGACAUGGUCUUUCUCGACAACAAUCAUCGCUGGCACAAAGUGGAGAAACUGUCUGCUGCAGAAUGCGCCUGUAUGGGGUAGGGACGAGGAUGGGCAGUCGAGCUUUCUGAUUGGCUACAUGAAGACUGUGUAGUGCCUUUGAAUUGAAAUACUGCAUUCAUUCAGGUAAAGAGGUCCCACUUUCUCCGAAGAGGAAGGUUAUGAACGUAAUGUUUAUGUAUGGAAAAUGUAGGAGUUGUAUAUUUUACCUUUUUGUAUAACGUGGCUUAUUUGGCUAAAAUUGCGAUGUUAAAACAUUCAGGUGUGAAACUGUCAGUUUUGAUACACUAAGAGACCCAGUUAUGAGGCUGCAGAUUUCUCCAUCCGAACCAUAAAUAAAACAUAUUUAUGUGUAUAAAUUAUUUAUUUAUUUGAAACCCGUUUAAUAAAUUAUUGUUAAUCUUUUUUUUAUGUACCUUGUGAAAAUGUGUAAAGUUAUGAUUAAAUACAAGCAAACGCUGUUUUGUUCUUUGUGUCAUUUCACUUCUUAAACAAAAAGGGAAACAUACUUUAUCUGGAAACA